AUGACGGAGACCUUUGAAACUCUCAUCAAGCAAGCAGAAAAUUAUACAAGCACUUUAUUCUGCAACACUUAUAGGAACAUGGCUUUAGAGGCUGCUGCCUCAGUUCAGGAGCUCUUCACAGAUGUAGGGCUCUUUGUGUUUGGUUCUGACAUCAGUCCAGAUGAAUUUGUUAACAGAUUCUUUGACACUCUAUUUCCUCUAGUCUACAAUCAUCUCAUUAACCCUGGUGUGACUGAUAUUUCCUUGGAAUACUCAGAAUGCAUUCGAAUGGCAAGGCGGGAUAUUAAUCCCUUUGGAAAUGUUCCCAAAAUUGUAAUGGGACAGAUGGGGAGAUCAUUGUUACCCAGCCGAACUUUUCUGCAAGCUCUUAAUUUAGGCAUUGAAGUCAUCAAUACCACUGAUCAUCUGCAGUUUUCAAAAGAGUGCAGCAAAGCACUCCUGAAGAUGCAAUACUGUCCCCAUUGCCAGGCUCUGACUUUAAGUAAGCCAUGUAUGGGGUACUGCCUUAAUGUUGUAAGAGGCUGUUUGGCUAAUGUGGCAGAAAUUGACCCCCAUUGGCGGGGAUAUAUUCGCUCAUUGGAAGAACUUUCUGAUACUAUACAUGGGACAUAUGACAUUGAACAUGUGCUUCUGAACUUCCACUUACUUGUUAAUGAUGCUGUUAUGCAGGCUCACAUCAAUGGAAAAAAAUUAUCCGAGCAGGUGAACAAGAUCUGUGGUCCCCCUGUCAGAACACCUACACAAACCCCUGGUUGUUCUCUUGAUCAAAGCAAAGAUAAGCAAGGAAUGAAGAUCUCUUCAAGAGAUGGUGAAGAAUCCCUUGCCAGCAGAAGAAAAGAAUUUAUCAACAGCCUGCGUCUAUACAAGACUUUUUAUGGUGGCCUGGCUGAUCAACUUUGUGUUAAUGAAUUAGCUGCUGCUGAUGGACUACCCUGUUGGAAUGGAGGAGAUGUAGUCAAAAGUUAUACUCAUCGUGUGGUUGGAAAUGGAAUAAAAGCCCAAUCUGGAAACCCAGAGGUGAAAGUUAAAGGGACUGAUCCUAUCAUAAACCAAAUUAUCGAUAAACUGAAGCAUGUUAUUCAGUUACUCCGGGGUAGAUCUACUCCAAAACCUGAGAGAUGGGAUCUACUCCAAGUGGGCAGUGGAGCACGCAUAGAUGAUCAAGUCAGUGGAGACUGUGAUGAUGAAGAUGGUUGUGGAGGAUCAGGAAGUGGAGAAGUAAAACGUGUUCUGAAAAUCACAAACUGUAAGUCAUUUAUAUUAAUGCUGUCUUUGAAGAGUCAAUAUGCAAAGUGA